AUGGACUACAGCCAUACUGUCACUCCUGAUGGCAAAUUAAUCGUAGAUGAAUUCAAGCGUGUAGCGUCCGGCGGCCUACUCACCAUGUGGAUUUUUCGUCUGAACCUCAUAAUCGAUCACAUGCUGAUCAAGACGUCCAUCCUACUCUUCUACAACUACGUCACCGCCGCUCACCGCUCCUACUACUGGAUCGUUCGCGGCAUGCUAGGCCUCGUCAUCGUUUCCAGCCUUGCCAUGGCCUUCGUCAGUAUCUUCAUCUGCAAUCCCCCGCAGAUCUCUUGGGACGGCGAAGUCUUCUACAGGGAAUUCUUUGGCGAGUUUCCAACGCAAUGCAUGAACCCGUCGACGUUAUGGCUCAUCCAAGCUGCAUACAACCUCGCUACUGACGGAGUUGUCUGGAUCCUCCCGAUUCCCUUCUUCCUGAACCUACGAUCCAUGCCCGUGCGAAGACGGGUAGAGCUAGUCGCUAUCUUUAGCAUUGGUAUCGUCGCCAUAGCUGCAUCUGCAGUUCGACUCUCCAUCACUAUGCGAUGGUUGUCCGGAUUUGAAGAGUCAGGAUUGCAAUGGGGCAAUUUACUGAUUUGGUCCCAAGUCGAGCAGCAUUCGGGUAUCAUCGCGGCUUCUAUACCCUUCCUGCGACCGAUUAUGCGAAAGAUCGUUAAGAGAGUACGAGUCCGCAGCCCGAGCCCUGGGCCUAAGCUCAUUCCGAAUCUGAGUCCCCAAGACCAGCCGAUACCCCCACGGGCGCCGAUUAUACCAAGUCCUGCACCUACGUCUGGCAGUGACGACGCCUUCCGACCGCCUUCUACGCCAUUGUCGCCGAUCAAGCCCGAGAUGCAAACCUUCCAUACCGUUUGA